AUGGUGGGUGAGACGCUUACUAGUCUAUCAGGGGAAUAUUUUGCUAUCUUGUUAUCGGGCUUUUUAAAGCCACUGGCUUUACCUUGUCGUAGCCGUGGUUCGGAAGCGGCGAGCUUCAGUGCUGCAUCAUAUAGCCUAUCCUCUAAUGAGUGGAGUGGAGAGCUCUGGCCGUCUAAGACAAUACCCAUGGAUUGCCUAGUCCUCGUUCUGCGGAUGAUUAUUUCGGAUGCAUUUACUAAUUCUUCCUUGGUCUUUAAUUUGCUGCGCAGCCUUUUGCUGAUGGGUGGCGAUGAUAGAGGUCUUUCCUCUAGGCUGUCUAUCGUCUUCAUAGGAUAG